UACAUCCUUUCUAAUUACUAAUUGCCUUUUUCAACCUGUAUAAAUCUCUAUUCAUUUCCAUCAAAUCAGGGUUUUCUGCAACUUCAUUUUAAUUUAUUUCUUCAAUUAAUUAAGAUCUACUCUCUUCAAUUUGUUUUUGGAUAUAUAUAUAUAUAUAUCUGUGUCUAUCUCUUUAAUUACCUUUUUCCAAUUUAUUUAUUUUCUUUUUGGGUCUGAUCGGAGACGACAUACACACACAUAUACAUGACAUAGUGAUGAAACCGAUGGAGGAGAUCGUAACAUGUCCGAAGCCGGCGGCGGCGGCGGCGCCGCAGUCCAAAGUCCGGCCGCAGAAAGAGCACGCGCUGAACUGCCCUCGCUGCAACUCCACCAACACCAAGUUCUGCUACUACAACAACUACAGCCUCUCUCAGCCGCGCUACUUCUGCAAAACCUGCCGCCGGUACUGGACGGAGGGCGGCUCCCUCCGCAACAUCCCCGUCGGCGGCGGCUCCCGGAAAAACAAGCGAUCGUCGUCGUCGUCAUCUUCUUCCUCUGCCGCCGCCGCCGCAAAGAAAGUGUCCCUCCCAGACCUAAUCCACCCUCCCCAAUUACAAAACCCUAACCCUAAAAUCCUCGACGCGGCGGCGCAGGAUCUCAAUUUGGGGAUUUUCUCGGCCCACCGGCAGGACUUCAAGGCGAUAACGGAGAUGAUCCAGGUCCCGGACUUCGACGGGAGCGCGACCAAGCUGGAGCUCCAGAACCAUCCGUCUUCAUCGUCUUCUUCGUCGAAUCUGGAGCUCCUAACAGGGCGAGGCCUGGGGGGUUUCACUGAUCUGAACAUGGUUUAUUCGUCGGGAUUUAAUUUUAACGUUAAUCCGUUGGGGGGAUCGGAUCAGUUCAAGGCGUCGUCGCUGAGCUUCUCCCUGGACGGGCUCGGCUGCGGCGGCGGCGGUUAUGGAAGCUUCCAGGAGGAUCAGGCGAAUGGGAAGCAGCUUCUGUUUCCAUUUGAGGAUCUGAAGCAGGUCUCGAAUUCCAACAAUGGCGAUGAUCAGAUUCAUCAUCAGGAGAAUGAGGGAAGCAAUAGGGAUCAGAUUAACAAUGGUGGAGGUGAUCAUUCGAGUGGAGGAUCGUUUUGGAAUGGAGUCAUGGGCACCAGUGGAGGCCCCUGGUAAUUAAUUAAUAAUUAAUUAAAAUUAAUUUACACACACCACACACCAUUAAAAAAAAAAAACUCUUCACUUCACUGCUACUGAUGAUGAUGACGAGGAUGAUGAUAUAUAUAUAUAUAUAGAGAGAGAGAGAGAGGGAGGGAGGGAGUUGGUAUAUUUAUUUUAAUAUAUAUGAUUUGAUGGAUUGUGUUAUUGUGGUUUAAUUUAAUUUUGUAUUAGAGAGAAAUUAAUUUGACUUGUUUGGAUCUCUUCAAAUGUCAAGAAAUUAGUUUAGGGUUGCUGCUGCUGCUGCUGCUGCUAGUGCUUCUUCAGGUUUACAUUUCUCUCUCUCUCUAGAUAUAUAUAUAUAUAUUUAUUUAUAUGUGUGAGUGAUUUGAUUUCAUGGGGUUGAUGAAUUAUUUUUAGGGUGAGAAAGUGGGGGUGAUAUAUAUAUAUAUAUGUAUGUAUGUAUGCAUGUUGUGUAUAUAGUGAUUGUGUUGAGGGCAGAUGAAGAGAUAUGAACAAGUCAAUGAGAUGAUUUUCAAUCAAUGUGUGA